ACUUGUGUUUAGUAUAACGUGAGUCAAUGCGGAAGUUGUAACUCGGUUCAGCAGCAGAGACACAAAGCAGGGAGAGAGAGAGAGAGAGUUCAACUUCGCAGCUGGAAACUUUAUUUCUCUUAAAACCGGAAGAAACCUGAACGCGCCGUCAUGACCUCUGGAGUUUACGCCCCCACCACGAUCUCGGACCCCAAAUCCUCGUGCUUCAUUGUUCCAUCGGAACACCUGGAUAAGGUCCACUUUGUGAUCAAGAUCUGCCAAGUGCUGCUCUCCUUCGUGGCCUUCAUCCUGGAGGAGGUGGUGAACAGCUGCUUCAACUGCACCGCGCUCUACUUCUUUGAGUUCAUCAGCUGCACGGCGUUCCUCUUCACCCUGCUGCUCCUCAUCCUCCUCUCCACAAACCUGCACUCCCGAGUGGGCAUCACCUGCUGGCCGUGCCUGGACUUUGUGUACACUGGUGGCAUCGCCGUGUUCUUCCUCAUCGCCUCCAUCGUUUUUGCCGCAGAAAACGGAAACACGUCGAUGGAGAAAACUGCUGUGGCGUUCGGCUUCAUGGCGUCCUUGGCGUAUCUCCUCGACUUCGGCCUGUUCCUGAAAAAUCGUGGGUUUCCCUUUAAAAAGGACGGGAAGCCGGAGCCCAGUAACGGCGUCGCUGUGCCAGCCAACGCUCCAGAGACGGAGAAACUGGCGCCGGCGCCCAACGGGCCAGAAGAGGUCUGAUUUAAACGUUCCCCCGUGUGCAUUCGUACGCUGCACGCCGAGGUCAGAGAUUAUUUUGCGCACUAUUCCUUUAAGAUGACGACGAGGGGCGGAGCUUCUGCGGCCGACAGCUGACCUGGUUUAUUAAGUCGUUUCAUAUCCUGUUUAUCCUUCCACGCCACGUGCUGCACUGAUCAGUACAUGAAAAAUAUAACCAAUCACAGCGCAGAGCGCCCGAGCUCAGUUUGAGUUUUAAGAGAGAACGCACACAUUGUUUCAAAACAGGAAGUCUGUUUCUUAUGUUUGACGUAUUUUCAGGUUUUAAAUUUCUUAAAGGGUCGUUCUUUUUACAUCUCGUCUUACCUCAGUAGAGACGUCUUCUGUCCCGCUGAUUCAAACGUCUUAAUCACUUUGUUUUUAAUUUAAUUUGUGUGAAGGAAAUGAAGCCUGAACAUGAGCGGUUAGUGUUUAUUAACGGCGCUCUUUGUGCCGGCAGCGAGCGCCACAGUCUGUAAAUAUCAACGUUUUAUUUUUAGAGGUUUUUUGGGUUCAAAGUUCAAACAUUUCCAACGUCUCAGCCAGCGUCUCCUCAUUGUUGUCGACCAACCUGAAAUCAGAAGUCCCGCCAAAUUCUUGAUCCUGAUUGGUCUGUGGGGGAGAAGGGACAGUCAUCGGAGGCUCGAGUCCUCCAAGCAUCGGGUUCAAAUCCGACCAGUGACUCCUUUCCUGCAUGUCAUUUCCCACAAGAUGUUUUCUGUUUUGUUUUUUGGGACUUCCGGCGCUCUGUAGAAAACCCACCAAGCUUUCAUUUUAUUUGCAGGUGAACGCAUGUUGAAGAACACGUUCCCCUCGGCCUCCAAAGACAACGAUCAUGAUUAUUUUAAUCCAUGUUUUUAUUUUGAUGCCCAGGACAUGAAGCGGACUGCAAGACUUCUCAGAGGUCUCAUGUUUCUACUUUUCUGAUUAAAUGACGUCAUUAAGGCGUAAAAAUCAAAACGUCCAAUGAGUGAAAUCUGCUGCAAGAUAUUCAAAUGAAUGGGAACAGUCACGAGAUGGAGAAGUGGGACGUUGAUGUUUUAUGAAACGGAGACAGAUCCGUCUGAGUGCAGAAGGCUUAAAACCUGAACGAUGGCCGUCACAGAUUCAAACCUUCUCACAGACUGAUGAAUGAAUGAAUAAUAACUUGACAAUCACAGAUCAUUUUCCUAACCAAUCAGAGCACACUGGAAGAACGUUCUGUCAGAUGAUCCCAGAUAUGUUUUUUUUUAUAUUCCAGUAUUUUUUACCUUCAAACGUUCGAGACAGUAAAGUUUAUUAUGUAGAAAUAAAAAGCCUGUGGUAGAUAUAUAAAUCUAUAUGUUCAUGAUCUCUUCUAUCGUGUGCCUGUUUUCUACACCUUUAACACCCAUUACAGUUUAUAACAGAUCUCACUUUGUCUGUGAGCAUGUUUGAUAUCUGAUCAUUUUAUCAUCCUGUCGUUUAAUAAACAGAUUUUCAAGGAAUAAA